AUGGCCAACCACAUACAAUUCGGUUUUCAAGACGCUUCAUCCCCUAUCAUAGAAGAACUAGUAGAAUUCCAUGACCACGCUCUAAUAACUGCCCUAGCUAUCUGCAGCCUGGUACUAUAUCUACUAACCACAAUACUCACCGAAAAACUAUCAUCUAGCACAGUCGAUGCACAAGAAAUCGAACUUGUCUGAACAAUCCUCCCUGCAGCUGUAUUAAUCAUACUUGCUCUACCAUCCCUACGAAUUCUAUACAUAAUGGAUGAAAUCAACGAGCCCGACCUAACACUAAAAGCCAUUGGGCACCAAUGAUACUGAACUUAUGAAUACACCGACUUCAAGGACCUAACAUUUGACUCCUACAUGACACCAACUGCAGACCUACCACUAGGCCACUUCCGACUUCUAGAAGUGGACCACCGUGCAGUAGUCCCAAUAGAGUCGCUAGUUCGAGUCAUCGUUACUGCCGAUGACGUACUCCACUCAUGAGCCGUCCCAAGCCUAGGCGUAAAAACUGACGCAAUCCCAGGACGACUAAAUCAAACCUCAUUUACUGCCACCCGACCUGGAGUGUUCUACGGCCAGUGCUCAGAAAUCUGCGGGGCUAAUCACAGCUUCAUACCAAUUGUAGUUGAAUCCGCCCCACUCGCUGACUUCGAGAACUGAUCUUCUCUACUAUCAUCCUAA